AUGAUGGCCCCGCCUCGGACCGCGUCGUCAGAGGGCGUUAUGCUGAUCCCAGCCAUCGCCAAGAACAGCACGACUCGCUACAAGAACGUGGCCUACGACCGCAGCAAAAUGAAGUUCCAGGCGAAGGUGAAGGCUGGCGGCCAGCAUGUCCGCCUCGGCUACUUCGACACCGCCGAAGAGGCGGCCACCGCCUACGCUCAGUCAGAGUACGGCCGCGCCGACGCCGCCAAGCUGCUGCAGCCCCGCCCCGCUCCCACUCCCGCUGGCGCCGAGGCGAUACGGCAGGCGGAGAGGGAGGGCCUCACCCUCACCGCCAGUAGCAGCAGCAACACCGGCUACAAAGGCGUCUGCUACCGCCCGAAGCAGAAAGGCAGCCAGAAGUACCAGCUGAAUGUGAGGGUUGGAGGCAAGAUGGUCAAUCUCGGCUACUUCGCCACCGCCGAGGAGGCUGCGCUCUUCUACGCCCGCAGGGAGGCGGGCAUGGACACGCUCGCCCGCGAUCUCUCUGCGCCGCCGCUGCCGCCGUCCUCAACCUCUGCGGAGCUGCCAGUGUACGAGCUCAGCAUUCUGACGCCUGAGCAAAUGGCCGCCAACCCGACAUAUAGUCCAUCGUCCAAUUUGGACUAUAGUCGAGCGCGUCGGAGAGGUGUUUGGAGACAGGCUCAUGAUUAUGCAGCAGCCCUAGCGGCAGCGCCAACUUAUGGCAGCCCUAGCGGCAGCGCCAGUGCGCGCACAUAA